UAAACGUAGUUACAUAAAGGAAAAAGUUUGCCUCAGCCAUAUUUUAGGUUUUUAGGACUUUUUCAGGUCUUUAAGUCUUUUCAGUCUUCAGAUUUACAUUUACUACCAGAACCUGUUUUGUUAGACCUCUAUCCUUUGGCCAUGGAAUUUCUGAUGUCAUACAAGAAGGACCUGUGCAAGUGGUUAUCAAUGAAGGAUGCUAAGUAUAUCAUUGACAAGUGUGAAAAUAUCCUAACAGCUAAACAGGAUAAGGCUAUUGGCAAACAAAAAACUGAUGCAGGGAAGAUCAGUCUUCUUUUGGAGACAUUCAUUGAAAUGGAAGAUAGUAAAUGUGAGGAAUUCCUUAAGAUACUGAAGGAAGAGCAGACACAUUAUCCAGGCCUUCAACAACAUUUCAACAAGCGCACACAAGCGUCAUCCAGCCCAACGGUGUAUGCGGAAUGCAACAGCACUGUUGAUACCAGGAAAGUCACCAAUGUCAGAGGUAUAAAAGACUUAGACAUGCAUGUGAACAUUCAAGCAGGAUCGGGGAAUCCAUCUGGAAUGAACCUCAGCCAAACAACCCCACAUGCAGAAAUGGUUGCAACAAACCACAGCCAUAUAUUUGCAUCAGAGAUAUCGAACUGUACAAUUGAUGGCAACCUCAAUAUGUCUGUGUUACAGACCCCAGCCCCACAGUGUCCAGGACCAUCACAGCCCAAGAACAUGCCAUUUUCUGCAUCGAUUGCUUCAAUUUCAGACAAACAUGGGUUUUUGAAAAUUUACCGCACAGCUCUGGUUAGCCGGGUGAAAAAUGUGAAGGCCAUUGUAGAUGAUCUGCAGAGCGGAGGUUAUCAUGAUGAAAUGGCUGCCACGGUGAAUGCCCAGUUGACACCACAAGAAAUGAUGAGGAAGCUCCUGGAUAGCGCGACCAGCACCGGGGCUGCUGAGGCCCUGAUUCAAGCCCUUUUUAAUCAUCAGAAGGAUGUCAUGGAUGACCUGAAUGCUGAAAAAGCUUGAAGAGGUCAAUUUGUUAUUCAUUAUCAUUUCUCUAUAUCAGGGCUAUUUUUAAACUUUUUUAAUCACUGUUUUAUUAAUCUUAAACACCUGCCUGGUCUUGUCACGUACGUUAAGAAACGGGUCGGACCAAGGUGCAGCGUGAAAGGCGUACAUGUUUAUUAACUAAUAAACACACGACACAGUAACCAAAA